AUGGAGUACAACUCUUCUCCGGCUCCUCCUCAAGGUCGGGCCUGCUUCACCUGCGGCCAACUUACUCACCAGGCUCGUGACUGCCCCAACAAGGGUGCGGCUAAGUGCUACAACUGUGGUGGCGAGGGUCACAUGAGCCGUGACUGCCCUGAGGGCCCUAAGGACACCAAGACCUGCUACCGCUGCGGCCAACCCGGCCACAUCUCCCGCGACUGCUCCUCGGGCGGUGGCCCUGGCGCCGGUGGCGGCCAGUCCAGCGCUGAGUGCUACAAGUGCGGUGAGAUCGGCCACAUUGCCCGCAACUGCAGCAAGGGCGGCGCGUAUGGCGGCGGCGGCGGCGGUUACAACGCCGGUGGCUACGGUGGCGGCGGUGGCUACGGCCAGAAGACCUGCUACUCGUGCGGCGGCAUCGGCCAUCUCUCUCGCGACUGCGUGAACGGCAACAAGUGCUACAACUGCGGCGUCUCCGGCCAUCUGUCGCGUGACUGCCCCAAGGAGUCCACCGGCGGUGAGAAGAUCUGCUACAAGUGCCAGCAGCCUGGCCACGUCCAGUCACAGUGCCCCAACAACUAA